UACCUACUAACAAAAUGCCAUAUUGUUUUACAUACGAAGCGUUAACGCAACUAUCGUUCACGGUUUUUUUUUAACAGUAAUGCCCAAAUAAUGUGACUGUUAUACGCAAAAUAAUAAUGAAUAAUACAUGUGCUACGGUGAUAUUCUGUUUAUAUUUGAUAGUGUUAGUGUGUGCUGAGUUUAGUGACAGUGAAGAACAAUGCACGAUCUCACGCUGCAUAGGCAAAGAAUACCAGUGCAUAGGCGAUAGAUGCUACUGCGCGGUUGGCUAUAUAACCAACCCAGCACAAACUGCCUGCCUCAAAUGUCCAGGAUACAUGGAAAAAUGUUACGGGACAUGCUGUAACCCAUACGGCAAUGGUAGCCUGCAGUGCUUUCAGGGGGUCUGUCAGCGUUGCUAUGACCCUCCUGACAAUUGGAUUUGCAGAGACUCCCUGGAUCAAAUACUGUUGAUAUCCAUAACCCAGGUGGUCAUGGCUACGGCGCUGGUGCUGGGCAUUAUCGCAACAUUCGUGCUACUGUACAAACUGUGUGCUGCGACCAACUUGAGGCCAUCCAGCAGUAGAAGUCGGCUAUCCGUCGGAAGCCUCCAAGUAUAUGUCGAGGAAAGACUAAGAGACGCGCCACCUAGGUACUCGCGAACAGCGCCAGCAGGGUCAUCAGUGUAUCCAGCAGUUGCAUUUUUGAACGCAGGAUUCAUACACGACAGCAGUGUACCUCCGCCGCCUUACAGCCCUGAGAGAAAAGAAGAAGAAACACUACCUCCAAGCCCUCAAAUGCAUAUAUAAUAUAGAGAAUUUAUUUAUAGUUUAAUAAAUAUAAUAAUUCGCUUUAAAAGUU